ACGUUGAAAAAUACUAAAAAGGGGAACACCCAAUCGCAGUCGAAAUCGAGAGAUCCAAUCGGGAUCCCGCGCGGUUGAUAGCUUCGUCAUUUUCUAAGUAGUACUCCGUUUUGCGCAGAUUGUCAGACAGAGAGAGGCGAGAAAGACUUACACGAGCAGAACGGGAAGGCGAAGGGGAAAGCGAAGCAAUUAUGGCGCGUCAUACACUCUUCACGCGGCUAUGGCGGAAAUAUGUUCGCGCGCUACGACGGCGGCCAUUGAGAACCAAGAUGUUGACAUCAGGUACACUGAUGGGAGUCAGUGAUGCCAUGGCACAGAAAAUCAGCGGAACGGACAGCAUAAAGCUGUGGCGAACUGCUCUGAUGGCUGUCUCCCAUUCCUGGAUUGCUUUCAUUCUAGCAAUGCACUUGCGCCUCUGCUGUUCACCACUCUGGGAGGAACGGGCAGUCCCUGCUGACUACUUGGCGCAUCUUUUUGUUGUUGGGUGUGAAAAUGAAGCUUUAUGGAUUGCUCUGGGUCGGCCCGACUGGUCAUUACUGGCAUGAAGUUUGCGAGUCCUUCUUCAGCAAACGAAGAGAUAAUGCCACGGUCAUCAGGAAGGUUGCAGUAGAGCAAUUGACAUAUGGACCUGUGCAAAACGUCAGUAUGAUGAUAUAUCUUGGUCUGAUCAUAAAAGGCAAGGCAUGGAAUACAGUGGUGUCGAAGAUCAGAGCAGACUUACUUAGGGUGCAGGUGGCUGCAUGGAAGAUUUGGCCCCUUGCAGCUUUGAUCA